UUUUUUUUUUUUUUCGGUUGCCCGAGCGUCGUGGCAGGCGAUUGGGCCGCGGCUCGGCGUGCCCCGAAGCGCGGGGGUCGAGGCGGCCCCGCUCGACCUCCCCCAGCAGCCGGCUUGGCUUGGCGCGCUCUCCGGCCGGCCUUCCCGGGGGAUGGGCCACCAGGAGUCUCCGCAGGCCCGCGCGCGGGAGGGAGACGCGGCUUAUAUAAAAAGGUUAUGUAAAGGGCUCAGCUGGCGCGAACACGUGGAGAGCCACGGGGGCCCGGGAGCCUGGGCCGCUUCGGCGUGCGCGGGCCCCGGGGCGGCGGCAGGAACAGCAGCAGCAGAAGAACCCGUCGCCCUGCGCACCCGGUCCUCCGCUUCCCGCGCUGCUCGGUCCCCGAGGCAGCUCCGGUCCGGAGCGGACCAUCCCGGAGCGAGGCUGCCGGGGGGAAGACGUCCCGUCCGCAAGUCGAGGGGCGCCGGCCAGGUCACAAUCCAAGGUCCCGCUGUUCCGCGUCCCAGGGCCGGACAGAGGGAUGAGGCAGGGGGGGCCCGGGCAGCGCCGUUGCUGCUCCCCCCGCCGCUCGCAGCCAUGGAAACGGGGGAGGAGGACGGCGCCCGCCGAGGAACACAAAGCCCGGAGCGGAAAAGGCGAAGCCCUGUGCCGCGGGCGCCCGGCGCGAAGCUGAGGCCGGCGGCGGCCCAGGCCAUGAAUCCUGUGGCGGCCGAGGCCCCGGGCGAGGCCUACCUGGCUCGGCGGCCGCCUGAGGGCGGCGGCGGGUCGGCGCGGCCGCGCUACAGCCUCCUGGCGGAAAUCGGGCGCGGCAGCUACGGCGUGGUGUACGAGGCAGUGGCCGGGCGCAGCGGGGCCCGGGUGGCGGUCAAGAAGAUCCGCUGCGACGCCCCCGAGAACGUGGAGCUGGCGCUGGCCGAGUUCUGGGCCCUGACGAGCCUCAAGCGGCGCCACCCGAACGUGGUGCAGUUCGAGGAGUGCGUCCUGCAGCGCAACGGGCUGGCGCAGCGCAUGAGCCACGGCAACAAGAACUCGCAGCUCUACCUGCGCCUCGUGGAGACCUCGCUCAAAGGAGAGAGGAUCCUGGGCUACGCGGAGGAGCCCUGCUAUCUCUGGUUCGUCAUGGAGUUCUGCGAAGGUGGAGACCUCAAUCAGUAUGUCCUGUCGCGGAGGCCUGACCCAGCCACCAACAAAAGCUUCAUGCUCCAGCUCACUAGUGCCAUUGCCUUCCUGCACAAAAAUCACAUCGUGCACAGGGACCUAAAGCCGGACAACAUCCUCAUCACCGAGCGGUCGGGCACCCCCAUCCUCAAGGUGGCCGACUUUGGACUAAGCAAGGUCUGUGCUGGGCUGGCACCCCGAGGCAAAGAGGGCAAUCACGACAACAAAAAUGUGAAUGUGAAUAAGUACUGGCUUUCCUCAGCCUGCGGCUCGGACUUCUACAUGGCUCCCGAGGUCUGGGAGGGACACUACACGGCCAAGGCGGACAUCUUUGCCCUGGGCAUCAUCAUCUGGGCCAUGAUCGAGAGAAUCACUUUUAUUGACUCUGAGACCAAGAAGGAACUCCUGGGGACCUACAUCAAACAGGGAACUGAGAUCGUCCCUGUUGGCGAGGCGCUGCUAGAAAACCCAAAGAUGGAGUUGCACAUCCCCCAGAAACGUAGGACUUCCAUGUCUGAGGGGAUCAAGCAGCUCUUGAAAGACAUGUUAGCUGCUAACCCACAGGACCGGCCUGAUGCCUUUGAACUUGAAACCAGAAUGGACCAGGUCACAUGUGCUGCUUAAAAAUUCAGGGCUGAGCAUCUUGGGUGUUGUAAACUAGGUCGGGACCCAGAGUCUCAUCGUGUCUCGGACCGAGGACGGCAGAGGGGACAGUGGUGGCCUGGCCACUUGGCCAUCUCCCGGCAGCUGGCUCUCCAGCAAUGUGAAACUUUUGUUUGCGUUUCUUCUUCUAGUGUUGCUUACUUUGUCUUUUCUUUCUCUGCUUUAAUUUAAACCAUUGAAACUUCAGGAGAGCAGGAAGCCACUCUGUGGACAGGCCAUCUUUGAAAGAAUUUAAUAUGGACAAAGCAUACACAUCAGUUUCCUUGUUGGGCUUUGUGAGGGGCCAGGAAGCAACUUGGUUUAUGUCCUUUA